AUGGGUGACUCCGCCUUACCUGGCUUAGAGGCAGCAGGUGUGGAGACUGUUCACCAUUUUGGAAGCUCCAACGGCAGCUUGUCCAAGAGCAGUGCUUGGGGAAUCAGUGGCAGUGGUCCGUGGCUUUUGGCGUGCAUGCUGACCCUCAUCAUCCUGAUGACGGCUUGUGGCAACACAUUGCUGAUCGCUCUGGUGUUCGCCCGGCGCUCCUUACGCAACACCUCGAACUGUUUCCUAGUAUCUCUCUUUCUGUCAGACCUGAUGGUGGCGCUGGUGGUGAUGCCGCCGGCAAUGCUGAAUGUGCUAUGCGGGGCCUGGGUGCUGCGGCCGGGCUUCUGCCCCGUCUGGCUCUGCUUCGACGUCAUGUGCUGCAGUGCCUCCAUUCUCAACCUGUGUGUGAUCAGCCUGGACCGCUACCUCCUCAUUAUCUCCCCUCUCCUCUACAAGCAGAGGAUGACCCACCCCCGGGCCCUACUUCUGGUGGGAGGGGCCUGGGGACUGGCCGCUCUCACCUCCUUCUUACCCAUCAAGAUGAACUGGCACAGCUUGGGCCACGGGAGAGGCCAUUCCCCACUGCCCUUCCAGUGUCGUCUGCGGGUGACCUUGCCUUUUGCCCUGGUGGCAUCUGCCCUCACCUUCUUCCUGCCAUCUUGUGCCAUUUGCUUCACUUACUGUCGAAUUCUUCUAGUGGCGCGGAGACAAGCAAGGCGCGUGGCAGCGCUAAGUCACCCUCCACACCCACACCAUUCACCCGGGCAGCCUUCUCACCCUCCCUCACCAGGUGGGGGCGCCACAGGACAACGGCGACUGGCCCACAGGCAGGGCCGGAGGGCAGCAAAGGCGAGUCUGACUUUGGGAGUCCUGCUAGGUCUCUUCUUCAGUGCUUGGCUACCCUUUUUCAUCACCAACAUGGCCCAGGCAAUAUGCGAUUGCGUUUCCCCGGCGCUCUUUGAUGCCAUCACCUGGCUGGGCUACUGUAACAGCACCAUGAACCCUAUCAUCUACCCGCUGUUCAUGCGUGAUUUCAAACGGGCCCUGGGGCAACUGCUGCCCUGCUGCCCUACCCAUUCACCACGCAGACCCUCACCGGCACUAUCCCUCUCUCUCCGCAAUUCCGGGGAGCCCAACCUGGCCUCAGAACCCCCCUCUCUGGCGUCUGACCCCCCACAGCCCCUCGCCACCGCCACAGACGCAGUCAACCUGUUUGAUGCAGAACAUGCUGGAAUUGAGUUGCCCCUUCUGCUGCCCAAUCAGGUAGACACGCUGGACUGAAAGGGAGAAUUGGACAUAGAGAAGAGAAUGAUUGUGAUGCUGUAAGUGUAAUAUAUGGUUGGUUGGAGGAAAAUGUGUAUAAUUGAACACAUCAAUGUGGCACUGUUGUAAUUUAGUGCAUAUACAGGCACCAGUGGAUGAGGAAGAGUUAGGUGCUGAAAAUCACUGACUGAUGGCAUGGGAUGACUUCAUUUGAAUGUCAUUGUAUUGCUUUUCCAUAAGUAGAAGGCUUAGUCUAUAGUU